CGUGUUUGAUUGGAGAAAUCUGGGUUCUUGCGUGUUUCCACGAGCGGAAUAAUAACGUGCAUGAAAAAAGAGUAAAGAAGAAGAAGAAGAAGAAGAAGAAGAAGAAGAAGAAGAAGAAAUAGAAGAAGAAGAAGAAGAAGAAAUAGAAGAAGAAGAAGUUGUGAGUCUGAAACCCUGGAGUGAACUUGUGCUUCUAUCUCUUUAAGGUUUCAGCGCUGGAAAGGAAAAAAAAACCCUGAAGUCCACCUCUGAUUUAUUUGUUGCUCCAAGUAGCCAAUCAUGGAAUUGGACGCCUGAGAGGCGAAAUCAGAGCGGAGGAAUGAUUUGGGGGUAUAAAAAGGGGCUUUUGGGGGGAAUUGGAACAUGCCUUCUCGCGCUACCUGCCCCGGUGUGCAUGGCGCACGGUGUUAAAGUUCCUGCUGCCGCACAGAGGAACCACGCAACGACUCCUCUCUGAGAUCUGAGACCUGAGACCUGAGAUCUUCUCCUCGUCGUCAUGCAUUUAGCGCAGGUUAUGAUCUCGCUGGGGUUCGUGCUGGCGUUCGGCCCAAUGGCGCGCACUGACACCGGCGCACCGGAGCACCACCACCAGCAGCAGCAGCAGCAGCAGCAGGAGGAGAACCAGAACCAGAACCAGCAGCAGCAGCAGCAGCAGCAGCAGCCCACCGCGGUGACCGUGGAGCGCGAGGCGCACUGCUCCGCGGCGAGCGCGUGCGCGUACCGGCAGCACAGCAAGCAGCUCCGUCUGCAGGCCAUCAAGUCUCAGAUCCUGAGCAAGCUGCGUCUCAAACACGCUCCCAACGUGAGCCGCGACGUGGUCAAGCAGCUGCUUCCCAAAGCGCCGCCGGUGCAGCAGCUGCUCGACCUGUACGACGUGCUCGGGGACGACGGUAAACAGGGCGCCGCGCUCCAGGAAGACGAGGAGGACGACGAGGAGCACGCGACCACCGAGACCGUCAUGAGCGUCGCCGCCGAGCCCAACCCUGACGUUCAAGUAGACCAAAAACCGAAGUGCUGUUAUUUCACCUUCAGCCCGAAGAUCCAAGCGAGCCGCAUCGUAAGGGCGCAGCUCUGGGUGCACUUGCGCGCGGCGGACGAGGCCACGACGGUGUUCCUGCAGAUACUGCGACUUACGCCUAUCAAAGACGGGAGACGGCACGUGAGAAUACGUUCGCUGAAGAUAGACGUGGACGCAGGCGUCAGGUCAUGGCAAAGCAUCGACGUCAAGCAGGUGCUCGCCGUGUGGUUGAGGCAACCAGAAACCAACUGGGGCAUCGAGAUCAACGCGUUCGACUCCAAAAGCAACGACCUGGCCAUCACGUCUGCCGAGCCGGGAGAAGAAGGACUGCUCCCCUUCUUGGAGGUAAAUUUGGAAGUUCCCAAGCGAACCAGAAGAGAAUCAGGACUAGACUGUGAUGAGAACUCCUCCGAGUCCCGCUGUUGCCGCUACCCCCUUACGGUGGACUUCGAAGACUUCGGCUGGGACUGGAUUAUUGCCCCGAAGCGCUAUAAGGCCAACUACUGCUCAGGCGAGUGUGACUACGUGCACUUGCAGAAGUACCCGCACACACACUUGGUGAACAAGGCCAACCCACGCGGCACCGCCGGCCCCUGCUGCACGCCCACCAAGAUGUCUCCCAUCAACAUGCUCUACUUUAACGGAAAAGAGCAGAUCAUCUACGGCAAGAUUCCCUCCAUGGUCGUGGAUCGCUGCGGCUGCUCGUGAUUCGACAUCCCAGACGCGUGGACUCCAUCCGUUCCACCUUCCAAACGUUUUUUCCACCUCCUCCUCCUCCUUCUCCUCCUCCUCUCCUCCUCCGGACUUCUUUACUACAACCUUUCAACCAUCAUCCAUGCUAACACUGUGCAAUAUGCAAUAGAACCAGAAUAGCAAGCAAGCAAAGGAGCCAUCUACAGAGCACCGCUUACUCUCACCGACUUUUUAUUCGUUUACGCUAAAUCCGCUUCCUGGGGGUCAGAGGUCACACAAGGACGUACUGAAGGAAUGUAAUGCCGGUUCGACUUGGGGAAAAAAAAUGGACAAAAAAUAUCUUUUUUUAUUUUUUAUACAUCGCUCAUAGUACAAAAAAAAACAACAACCAAAACUACACGUAUUAUACAAUCAACAAAAUAGUUCUGUUCUCACUCCAAACAGCUGUCUAGGUUGUUUAGGUCAAGUAUCCAAGAGCAACAGAGAGGGAAUCAAGGGACACUUUUUUUAAGGAAAAGAAAAAAAAAAACGAUAAUAAAAGCUUGAAAAAAAAAAACCUGUCUAAAGAAUUUUAGGCAACCUGAAUCAAGGCUUUGUUUUACAAUCAACACAACCAACCAGUUCAUUGUAUCUCAUUUCACUACUCAACUGCUUGAACCUGCCCUUUACACUUGAACUAUUAUUAUUAUAUAAAUAUAAAUAAGCAUUACUGGACAGAAGGACUUGAACCAGAGGCACUUUGAUUGCAGUCUACAUGUUGAAAUGUGUAAAAGACAGAGUUUUAUUGUUUUUUUUUGUUUGUUUUUUUUGUUGGUAAGUAUGUGUGAAUGUUAAAAACCACAUCACUUACUUACUUUCUUCAAACCACAGUUUGCACUAUGGCAGACCAAUAGGAAGAAUUGGUUGCUAAAAAAAAACGAUUUUGAUAUGAUAUGUUUGCUGAUUGCAUUGUAUACAUGCCAUUUUUUUCCUUUUAACAGUCACUUUUUUAACCUCUGUUAUAGUUCCAUGUAUAAGACAACACAUUAGCUAGAAGAAAAAGUGUACAAUAUCAAAUCUAUGUAGCUGUUCAUACAAAUAAAGGUGCUUGCUUUA